AUGGCAGCUCCGCCCUCACCCUCCACCGACUACUUCUCCGGCCGAUCAUCCACUCGCACCCGUCCCGGUCCCACUGUCCUCCCACCACAAUCGCGACUAGCAGCAACACCAGGCUCCCCACGCACACCCCUACUCGGCCGUAGCAUCUCCUCGCAAUUCGGCUCCCCCGGAAGCUUCCGCACUGAGCAAGAGGAUUUGAUCAUCUACGAGCUCGGAGCACGACAUCUCAGUGCCGGGUUCGCGGGCGAGGGCCGGCCGAGAUGUAUUCUUCGUUUCUGUCCGGGGAUGGGGAGGCGGGUGGGCGAUUAUCGCGGUCUGCAGGCUGGAUACAAAAGUGACGGGCAGCGAGGGUCGAAGGACAAAGGCUGGGGCGAAGAGUACGAGCUCUAUCGGACAGAUGUUCGACAGCUCGACCUAGGACUAGUGGAAGACAAGCUUGAACGAGCAGUCCGACAAAUUCACGCCGACUACCUCCAACUGGAUACCAAGCCUCGGAAAGCUGUUCUGGCUGUGCCUUCUCUGCUACCUACGCCUUUGCUAGAGGUAGCGCUAAAGGUACUCUUCGAUCACUACACACAGCCUCCUUCGAUCGUGAUCCUGACCACACCCAUACUUGCUUGUGUGAGUGCGGGGCUGCGCAAUGGGCUGGUCGUGGAUAUUGGAUGGGAGGAGACGGUCGUGACGGCUGUGGGGGAGUACAAGGAGAUCUAUCAACGAAGAAGUGUGAGGGCUGGGAAGGUGUUGGGUCAGGAGAUGGCUUCUGUGCUUGAGAAAUUGGUUGGAGACGGGCAUGAUGGUCGAGAUGAUGACAUGAGGAUUCCUUUCAGGCAUGCGGAAGACAUCGUUGAGCGAAUGGGCUGGUGCAGACCAAGACGAGCUACGACUUCGGACGCAGACCCAGCGACGACUACGUCCAAGAAGAAGAUCCCGCUUCCCACCUCCAGCUCCUCCCCGAUAGAAAUCCCAGCAGAAACCCUCUCCAACCCACCGGAAACUAUCUUCUUCGCCCCCUCCACCAACCUAACCGACCACGACGACAACGAGCUACCCCUGCAAAACCUCGCCCACGCCGUCCUCCUCCACCUCCCGCUAGACCUACGCUCCCUCUGCCUCUCACGUAUCAUUCUCACAGGCGGCGUAAGCGCUCUCCCGGGACUAAAACAACGCUUCCUCUCCGAACUUCACGCGCUGAUAAGGGAACGGGGCUGGGACCCCGUGGCUAGCUAUGGAUCGGCGAGAGCUGCGUUUAUGACGAAGAUGGAGAAGCGGUUACCGAGUAGGACGAAACCGCCUGAUGCCAAUAGUCCACCAUCAACGGCGUUGACUCAUUCACCAACGAACCCGACCAAGCGAUCAUCUCUCACCAGCACAGCUGAUCAUAACACCGCGUCUUCAAUGCCAGCUCAUGCCCGACCUCACGACGACCUUAUGGAUCCGCGAUCCCUCCAAGCAGAAAAGAACCAUGCCAUUGGCCGUUAUCGCACUGAAGCGGAAACUAAGAAUGCGGUGCGGGGUGUCGAGACCCUUGGAGCCUGGGCCGGCGCAAGUCUAGUGGCUAGUCUGAGGAUUAAGGGUGUACAUGAGGUUGAACGGGAGGAGUGGGUGAAGUAUGGGUUGAGGGGUGGUGGUGGGGGUGUGUAUUAG